UGUGACCCACGUUGCCGGCGAAAGAGCUGAGACGAGAGAGUGGUGACUCGGAGCCAGGGUCGGGAGCAGCGGAGCUCCUAGUAGGAGAGCGGAGGGGGAGAUGGUGCGGGUGAGAGCUGGGCGUCCCUUUGGGCCCGGAAAUUGGCGGGAGCCACUUACUGGCGCUCUAGUCGUGCUCAGUCCCUUUUGAGGGAAGGAGCGGCGAAGAGGGCGUCUAGUCGGGGGCUUAGAGCAGAGGGGCUCCAGAAAGGACGCGGACGGCUGCAGAGAUGAGGCCGACGAGGAGGUCCCGUGGAGGGACAGUAGUGGUGGAGAGAUGAUCUAGAGAAACCAUAUCGGUGAGGGGCAGUGGAGAGGGUCGUAGAGGUGAGGCGGUGGUGGGGAGAAGCUGUAAAGGACCGUAGAGGUACGGAGCCAGAUACAGGGACAUAGAUGGGAAAGGGUCGUGUAGACGGGCAUAGAUGUGAAAUAGCAAUGAAGAGGGAUUGAAGAGGAUUCAGAGAGAUGUUUAUGAGGAAGAAGUUUGAUGAAGAGAGAAAGAAGCCACCUAGAGUGGGCUCGGUAGAGUGCGGUGUGGAGGAUCCCUAGGGUCUGAUGCCUAGGAUCCCUAGUAAAGGCACCUGAACUGCGCACCUAACGCAUUUCAAAUAGUGACUUCCUCCAUUUGAUUAGGAAUGUGGGUCCUCUUCCGAGGUGGGUACCCCCUCCGUAUUCUGCUUCCCCUACGUGGGGAGUGGAUGGGUCGGAGGGGCCUGCCCCGAAGCUUGGUCCCAGGCCCUCCUCGCAGACGGUACAGGAAGGAGGCUCUCCCAGCCUUGGAUGUACCAGUGUUGCCUGUAACUGCAACUGAAAUCCGCCAAUAUUUGCGGGGGCAUGGGAUCCCCUUCCAAGAUGGCCACAGCUGCCUGCGGGCACCAAGCCCCUUUGUGGGGGCCUCACAGCUCAAGGACCAGACUAGUGCUACCACUUCCUUCAACCUCUUCAUUGACAAGACCACAGGCCGCUUUCUCUGCAUGACCAGCCUAGCAGAGGGGAGCUGGGAAGACUUCCAGGCCAGCGUGGAGGGGCGAGGGGAUGGGGCCAGAGAGGGGGUCCUGCUUAGUGAGGCCCCAGAAGCUGAGGACAGUGAGGAGGUCCGGAGGAUCUGGGACCGAGCGAUACCUCUCUGGGAGCUGCCUGAGCCGGAGGAGGCCCAACUGGCUCGUGUGAUGUUUGGCCUCACCAAAGUGACAGAUGACACACUCAGGCGUUUUAGUGUGCGGUAUCUGCGGCCUGCUCGCAGCCUUGUCUUCCCUUGGUUCUCCCCUGGAAGAUUGGGAUUACGAGGCCUGAAGCUACUAGGGGCUGAAAGCCAGGGGGAUGGAGUACGCUACGUGGAGACCACUAUUCCCCGGCCUGGUGCCUACCACAAUCUGUUUGGAUUACCACUGAUCAGUCGUCGAGAUGUUGAGGUGGUACUCACAAGUCGUGAGAUAGACAGCCUGGCCUUGAACCAAUCCACUGGGCUGCCCACCCUUGCCCUACCCCGAGGAACAGCCUGCUUACCCCCUGCCUUGCUCCCCUACCUUGAACAGUUCCGUCGUAUUGUGCUCUGGCUGGGGGAUGACCUUCGGGCUUGGGAAGCUGCCAAGUUGUUUGCCCGUAAACUGAACCCGAAGCGAUGCUCCUUGGUGCGACCUGGAGACCAGCAGCCCCGUCCCCUGGAGGCUCUGAACCGAAGCUUAAAUCUUUCUCGUAUUCUGCGUACUGCCCUGCCCGCCUGGCACAAGUCUAUCGUGUCUUUCCGGCAGCUCCGGGAGGAGGUGCUAGGAGAACUGUCAAAUGUGGAGCAGGCAGCUGGCAUCCGCUGGAGCCGCUUUCCAGACCUCAAUCGUCUCUUAAAGGGACAUCGGAAGGGCGAGCUGACGGUCUUCACAGGGCCGACAGGCAGCGGAAAGACGACAUUCAUCAGUGAGUAUGCCCUGGAUUUGUGUACCCAGGGGGUGAACACGCUGUGGGGUAGUUUUGAGAUCAGCAACGUGAGACUAGCCCGGGUCAUGCUGACACAGUUUGCUGUGGUGCGGCUAGAAGAGCAACUGGACAAAUACGAUGAGUGGGCCGACCGCUUUGAGGACCUGCCCCUCUAUUUCAUGACUUUCCAUGGGCAACAGAGCAUCAGGACCGUAAUAGACACAAUGCAACAUGCAGUUUACGUCUAUGACAUUUGUCACGUGGUCAUCGACAAUCUGCAGUUCAUGAUGGGUCACGAGCAGUUGUCCACAGACAGGAUUGCAGCUCAAGACUACAUCGUUGGGGCCUUUCGGAAGUUUGCAACAGACAAUAGCUGCCAUGUGACACUAGUCAUUCAUCCCCGGAAGGAGGAUGACGAUAAGGAACUGCAGACAGCAUCCAUUUUUGGCUCAGCCAAAGCAAGCCAGGAAGCAGACAAUGUUCUGAUUCUGCAGGACAGGAAGCUGGUAACCGGGCCAGGGAAACGGUAUCUGCAAGUGUCCAAGAACCGCUUUGAUGGCGACAUAGGUGUCUUCCCCCUUGAAUUCAACAAGAGCUCUCUCACCUUCUCCAUGCCACCAAAGAGCAAGGCCCGGCUCAAGAAGAUCAAGGACGACAAUGAGCUGGGGGCCAAAAAGCCCUCUUCUGGCAAAAAGGGGACUGUGCCCCAGAGCUCUGAGACUGGCCGGGCCCCCAUCCCCUCCCAAUCAGACCCCUCCAAGCCUUCAAGGUGAAGGCAGUGCAGAGCUGGACACUGACAUGAGCCUGACAGGAUAGGCUAGGGCCUAAACUCUUGGCCCUCUGCUUGGGCUGCCUCUGUCCUGUGGUCCUGAGCUAGGGCCCUUCUUAGUCUGAGGGGCCUAGCCUAGGGCAGGGUUUCAUAGGGAGAGAAUUCAAUUUAGCAGAUAUUUGAGAACCUACUGUGUCCCAGGUUUUGUUCUAGGUCCUGGGAGUACAGCACUGACGAGAGUAAGGUCCCUGCUUCCACGGAACCUGCAGUCUGGUGGGGGACAAGCAGUGAACAAAGACACACAACAUAAUUUUAGAUAGUGAAAAUGCUAUAAAGAAAAUAAAAUAGUAAUGUGAUAGUGCUUACAGAGCUAGUUUAGAUUAAGGUCUGAAAAGGUGUCUCUGAGCAGAGGACAUUGAGCGGGGGCCUAAAGAACGAGGAUUGAGCCAUGUGAACAUCUAGAGAAAGAGGGAUCCAGGCAGAGGGUAAAGUAAAUACAGAAGCCCUGAGGUGGGAAUGAACAUGUUGAGUUCAAAGCAGUGGGGUCAGGCCCCCUGGACCUGGAGGGGAAUAGGAGACUUCUUGCCAAAACUCCAGCCUAGACUUGCAGAGCCAAAGGGUGACAGGGUGGGUACCAAGCUCCUCUGCUCCCCACUUUGGGGCCUGCCAUGAGGUGGUACUCACUACCAUUGGAUUCUAGGUGCUCGGCCCUGUAAUAUUUGGGCCCCAAAGGUGGGAGAGCCAUGGAAGGAAGCUUUGAGCCCAGAGUGCCUGCCACCUGGACACUGAUUCCAUGGUAUGCUGCCUCAGACCACUAGAGUAAAUGAAGUCAUGACUUUUUGUAAAGACUUUUCCAGUUUUACAAAAAAAUCUUUUUCCAUUGCCUUUGUUUCUGUGCUUUUUCUUAUUUGUCCACCAGGUGUCUCCCCAGUCUAUAACUGGAUUUUCCUCUCACUUUGAAUUGGGAGUGGAUGGGUCCCCAGUCCCACCUC